GCGAUGAGUGGCGGAGGGACGGAGACGCCUGUGGGUUGUGAGGCCACCCCGGGCGGCGGCGACAAAAAGAAGGAUUCGCUGGGGACCGCGAGCUCGCCAGCGCAUCUCAUUAUCAAGGACCUUGGAGAAAUUCAUUCAAGGCUUUUAGAUCACAGACCAGUUAUUCAAGGUGAAACCCGUUAUUUUGUGAAAGAAUUUGAAGAAAAACGUGGUCUUCGAGAAAUGCGAGUUCUUGAAAAUUUGAAAAAUAUGAUCCAUGAAACAAAUGAACAAACUCUUCCCAAAUGUAGAGAAAUCAUGCAGGACAACUUAAACCAAGUUCUCCAGAGAUUGCAAGCAGCUUCUGACUCAGUCUGUAGACUCCAACAGAGGGAGCAGGAACGAAAGAAGAUUCUUAAUGACCAUUUAAUAGCUAGUGAAAAACAGCAUAUAAUCCAGUGGGAAGAUUUCAUGAAAGAACAACACAGCAGACAGGCUGAAGUGGAUGAAGAACACAGAAAAGCCACGGAGAGGCUUAAAGAACAAUAUGCCGACAUGGAGAAGGACCUAGCAAAAUUUUCAACCUUUUAAGAACUUUAACCACAACAGUGACAAUUUAAUAAGAAAACAUUAACUUCGCCCCAAAAAACUGUUCCCACCAAACCAUUUAGCCUCUGCUUCAAGCUUAGCAAUAUAUUCAGUGGCACUCUUACAUCAGAAGAAAGUAAGUCCUACUGGAGUCUUAAUUGUUUAAUAGAAGAAGAGUGCUACAUCUUUCCAGUUUUAAGUGCCUAUAUAUGAUUAUUUGAAUGGGGAGGAUAGGAGGAAAAAUGGGAUAAAUUUGCUUUUUGUUAAUCAGAAUUGGGUGUCUUUUCCAUUGAUUAUCUCGGAGGACUGUAAGUAUAGGCUUCUUAGAAAAAUAAUUUAAUUCUUUCUCAUAGAGGGUGAGUAUUAGUUAUUGUGGCUUAGAAGGGGAUAGAAUAGCUACUGUCAUAACAUCCUUGGUUAUUGGAAGAAUGUAUACAGUGUUAUUCCAUGAGUAAUGUGGACAAAAACAACUGUCUUUAGAGCAGAGAUCAUAUUUAAGAGAGGUGAGAGGUACAACCUUUUCUCUGCUGAGACAAGGAUGGCCACGUUGGUCUUUGAACUGCCCAUUGGGAAAGGUUACAGAUCUUGUAGUACGGCACAAUGCCAAGUGUUUCACUGAAUGACAAAACACACUUGCUAAGUUUUGUGGCCUUCCAGCACUUAAUAUUUUCAGCUUUUAAAACAUACUUAGAAGGAAAAGCUUACCAAAAAUAUAUUUGACGUUUAGCCUUUCCAAGAACCAUAAUCUUGUCCAUGGUAUUUACCUCAUUUUUGUGUCUGUUUUGCUGUGGGUAAGCUUUGUAAGAUAAAUAACGUCUAUACAUGUUUCAACUGUAUAAUGAGUAAUCAGCAAAAUCUGCCAAGGAGUCCCUCUGGAACCGUAUAAAGAUUCUGGCUCUGAAUAAACCAGAAGUGUUUGCCCACAUGGCAAAUGAUCCAUGUUAAAUGUAAAUCCUUUUUUAGUGUUUAAUGUCUGUUCUCAUAAGCAGGUGUAUUAUGAUGAAACAUGUACCAAUUCUGUCAUCACUGUGAUCUUUAAAAAAUCUGCAUUUAACAGUCUAAUUGAGAAACUAAGUUGAUUUUUUUAUUUGCCAUAAACCAAGCAAAAUUAAAUGCAAUAAUUUCUGAGAUUUAUGGCGAAUGAAUUCAAGGUAUGGAUAAAUCUUUCAAAUAUUUUUUAUUGCUCUCCAGUAAAGAAAGGCACAAGAAAGAAAAUACCCAACUCUCUUGUGUUAUCUCAGUGUUGCUACUGCAGAAAAGUGACAGUGCUUGCUUGUGUAAAUUUAUGGCUUACUGUAAAGCUUCAUUCUUGGCUGCAUGUUGAAAAUGUGAUUAAAGUUAAUAGAGGAGAUGAAAUAAGUA